UCAAUUGGAGCGCUCGGAGCGUCGCGUGUCCUCGCUCGAGGGGCGUCGAGGUGUAAAGCGCGGCGGAGGGGGGGGUUCGUUCGCAAAGACGAAGAGGAGAAGUAAAGGGGCGCCUGAGAAGAGGAUUAUGGUUCAACAACUGGCCAGUACUUGGAAGAGAAGGUCUUUGUGGCUUCACAUGCGUGCAGAGGAAUAAAUAACUGCAUGGAGACUGGAACUAAAGUGUUUUACAGGAGUUCAAGAUUACAAUUUAAGGAACGGUAAAGUGGAUAGAUGUAUCUGAAGAUGAAUAAGACAUGAAUGAUAAAUCCUGCGAUAUAUUGAAUGAACUGAGAAAAGAAUCGUUUAUCAUUACAGAAAUACUUUUUGAUCAUCAAAGUAACACAUAUGCUUUCUGGAACGUUUUCUUUUAAAAAAACCUAUAUGUCCAAGGUUUGUUCUUCACCUUUUAUUGAAGUGCUAAAUAAUAUAGGAUAAAGGUGAAAGAAAAAAAUGACUUCAUCAGUUCAGAACAGCACUUACUGCUCUGACGUAGAGGGCAACAGAAAGGAAAUAAAAAACAACAAUGAACAACUGAUAGCAACAGAUGGAGACACCAAUGCAAAUGAUCUAUCAUCAAAUGCUGUUACUGUAGAAGAAAAGGAAGAAGAAUUUGACUUGACUGAUGACCUUGAGAAUGAUUUCCAUGCACCACAGAACACACCAUUUUUAUAUGGAAAUUCAGAUGAGCUUGGGAAUCAAAGUGAGCAGUCCAAACCAGAUGAUCAGGCAUUUCCAAGGCAAGAUCUGAAGAUUUCUAAAGAUGCUGUGGCUGAUAAAACUGAUAUCAUAGACCUGGAAGGUACAGAGUUUAAGAAGCGCAAUUCCUAUGAUAGACGGGAAUAUCUAAAUAUUGGAACAACUCAAAAGGAUUGUUAUUCCUUAAAAAGGGAUUGUUCUGCUCCUGAAGCUGCCGUGGUGCAAGAAUGUCCAGAAAUGAAUGUGAUGAAAGGGAAUGAAAAAAGAAAUGUCAUGCAAUUAUCAUCCAAGGAUUCCUCUUUUCAUUCAUUAGAAAAGGCUAAUAUAAAGGAUGUGCUGGCAGAGAGUGGUACACCCAGAGAAGAUGAUGAUGAUGAUGGGUGUCUACGAGAGAAUGGAUCAGUGGCUGAUUGGUUUACAGGACCAUUGCAUUUCCAAGAAUGCUUCACCAGUACUGUUGGUAGUACUCAUGGUUCAAAGCAACCUUCAGCAGACAUGUUCAAAGCCAUUUCUGCUGAUUCAUUUGGUUUGACUUCAAUAGAAAUGUUUGAAUUUCACCCUAACUCACCUACCUCAGAAAACAGGAAGUUGUUCCCACAGUUACAAAUGGAGAUAGAAAAGCCACCUGAUCUUGUCAAAGCAAGCACAUCACUUUGUGAAGAUGUAAUCUGUGCCCCAAGUUCAGAUGGUCAACUACAGGAAGCUAUUAAUAAAUUAGAAACCCAGGUAAACCAGGAUACAUAUAUUGACAAAUGUAAGAUGAGCAACCCAUUCAAUCUUUCAUCCAGGAGUGCCUGGCUCGAGGUUGAAAAUACCAGAUUAGUGCCAGGAGCUCAGAGCAGAAGAUACAUUUUUCCAGUAAAAGAAGAAAUAGAGCCCGGCGAGUUUAGUCAACAAGCACCCUCUUUGCUUGGAAAAGAAGCAACUAAAGUAGCACAGUGUCUGCAAGACAACACAGUAGAUACUAAAGAAUUACAUCUUGAAGACCUUAACUUUGAAGAUAACCAUUUCUUAAAUCUUCCAGACGAAUUUUAUACAGAUGAAUGCUUGGUAACUGAAGGCACUUCUUCAGUAUUAAGGAAACAAGGUUUUAAAAACAGAACCUUAAAUUGGACAGAUACUGACUUAGAUGCCCAGUGUUCAGUUGAACCAACUAAACAACAUGAAAAUUUAUAUUUAAAUAUGGCUACUAAUGUGGGCAGCAAGGAAUCUGCAACUGUUCAAUUCCCAAACAUUCUCAAUGAAGCAGAUAACUACACUGAAAUCAAUCAAAUGCCACAUGUGAGAACCAAUCCGCUUUUUAGGCAUGGAUUUGACAACCUUUUUGUUCCUUUUGAAGUCAGUGGGAAGGGAAAAGAAGAUAUAAGACAGGUUUGUGAGAGUGAUAGUAAUUCAUUAGCACAUGAAACAAUUGAGGUGAAAAACUGCAAUAAAAUGACAGAUAAGGAAGAUUCCAGAGUUUCUAACAUCUCACAUUUAAUGCUGUCAAAGCAAAAUCCUACCAGGCAAGAUGUGAAUAGAGACAAGGAUGUACUGCCAACAUUGGAGGCUUGUCCUGGUCAAUACAAUGAUGAAUGGUCUUCUGACAGUGGAAUGAAGAACUCUACGCAAAUAGCAUUGUAUGAAAUCAACAGCAAUGUACUGAUAAGCGAGACUAAAGAGCACAGAAAGGUUUUUGAAGCGCUUGGUCCCUCAGAGUAUUCUGUAAUUCCUUCAUCCACACAGUUUCAGCAGACAAUCAACAGAAGUGCUUCUAAUCCAUUCUCAGGUUAUAAUGCUGAUUUGAAGGAGACUGCAUUUCUUCCCGGUGACAAAUUGUCAGGAUCUUCAUUCGUACCUCCUACAGAAAAUAUGCAGUCAUGGAGCUAUUCCUGUAGAACUCUUGACAAAACUAAUUGUAACAGUGGAAUCCCAAAGCCAAUCCUGCAGCAUUGCAGAGCUUUUACAACAGAAAAGGGAGCUAUAGAAACAAAUUGGCAGCCCAAGCCUGAAGCUAAAAUCAUACCCAAACCAAAAUACGUAAGACCUAAAAUUAUAACCUAUGUUCGAAAACCUCAGCCUAAAACACCCGAUCCUAUACAAGAUCCCGUGGUUACAUCUCCAAAACUUUCAAUAUGGAAUGAGCCCAUUUCUGAUGAGCACAAGUUCUCCAGUGGUGAGAACAAACCACUCUCUACAGUGAACACUCCUGCUUCUUUCGACCGAUAUAAACCAGACUUGAAAAGAAACAGAAUUUACUCGACUGGGCUGAUGGUUUCUGGAAUCAGGCUUCCAGGCCAGCAGGCUUUUCCCAGGACAAUGGGAAAGUCGCUCCCUUCUUCAAGUGACAUUAUAUCCAAGGGCACAGCAGAAACCUUUGCACAGCUAAGUCAUUCUGAGAUAGAGCCUUCUACAUAUAGCUUGAUUGGAUCUGGACAGGACAAGGCUUCUAUUUCUGAGGAAUGUUCGAAUCUGAUGAUGCACACCAGCAUUCAUAGAUCCCCUAUGACUCUUAGGCCACCAUUAGGAAUUGGGGCUAUCUCGAGAUUGCCUGCUGCAAAAAACAGGCUUGCAUUCCAUGGGCAAAAGUCAUCAAUCAGUUCAACUCCACUUCAUAUGCAAGGGCCAAUGACCAAUUUUACCAAUGUCAGCUAUCAAGAGAGUUCAGUGGACUCAAAGAAAAAUACCAUUGCAACAGCUCAAAGGUCAAAUCUGCCCAAACCAAGCCCUUCUGGACUCCGACCUCCUGGUUACUCUCGGUUGCCAGCUGCUAAGCUUGCUGCUUUCGGAUUUGUCAGGAGCUCAAGUGUGUCUUCAGCCUCAAGCAAUCACUCCAGUGACAGCAUCCACAGUGAUCACAGCAAAGUUGGAAACCGUUCUGGCAAUGGGAUUGAAGAGAAGACCAGUUCAAAGGUAGGAGCCACAGUCAGUGAUGUCCCCAAGGGUAUCAAUAAGACUGGACUGCAGCCGCCAACCACUGUGCCAAACCGUUGGAGUUUACUUCCAGCACCUAAAACUACCGCAGCAGCAGCAAUGAAGAAGGAUGUACAAAAGGAUCAUGAUGUUCAAAAGCCGAAUAUUUCAUCACCCAAAAGGCUUGGUAUAUCUGCAAGUAAACUUCAUUCGCCAGGGCUAAGCAAAGUAAGGAACGUUGCAGGUGUUAUGAGGAAUGGAUUUUCACCCAAGCCUGACCUUCAGUCUCGAGAGACUGAACGCCAAACCGUUCAGAGACUCAAGGACAAAUGUAAAGAACAGGCCAGACAGCUACAAUCUCUUCACGGGCAGUUGAAAAGAGCAAGCCUUAGUAUUGAGGUGCUCGCUGUGACAACGCAGCAUUUCCAUAAUAAAAAUGAAAGUGCCCUUAUCAAAGAGAAAGAGCUCUCCAUAGAACUUGCUCACAUCAGAGAUGAAGCCGCUUUUCAUACAGCAAGAUGUGAAAAGCUGCAGAAGGAGAAAGAAGAAUUGGAGAGGAGAUUUGAGACUGAGGUUGAGAGGCUACAGCUUCAACAGCAAGGGGAGAUCCAAUCCCUUGAAGAGAGGCUUAAGGCACAUUUUGCUGCAGAAAAAGAGCGUCUCAUACAGGAACAGAGGGAACAGUGUGAGAAAAUGCGAUUUCAGCAUAACGAACAGGUGGAGGACGUGACAGCUGCUCACACCAGUGCAAUCACAGAGAUGGAGAACAAUCAUACAGUCACCAUAGCAAUUCUUCAAGACGAGCAUGAAGAAAAACUGGCAGAGCUGACAGACAUCCAUGAACUUGAGAGAAAGACAUUAGAAGAAGAUUUUGAGAAAUUAAGACUUACUUUGCAGGAUCAAGUCGACACGUUAACGUUCCAGAGCCGUUCCCUGAAGGAUAAAGCUAAACGGUUUGAAGAGGCCUUACUUAGAAGUACAGAUGAACAAGUCGAGAUUGCCUUGGCACCAUAUCAGCACAUAGAAGAAGACAUGAACAGCUUAAAACAUGUUCUUGAAAUGAAAAAUCAACAAAUCCAUCACCAGGAAAAACAGAUCAUGGAACUGGAAAAACUGGCUGAGAAAAAUGUUGUGUUGGAAGAAAAAGUUCAAGUUCUUCAACAGCAAAAUGAAGACCUGAAAGCCAGGAUUGAACAGAACGUUGCUGUAACAAGACAACUGUCUGAGGAAAACGCAACGCUGCAUGAAUACGUCGAGAAGGAGAGUAAAGAAAAGAAAAGACUCAGCAGGACAAAUGAGGAGUUGGUUUGGAAACUGCAGGUUGGAGAUCCAGGAAGCCCGGUUAAAAUAUGCACAUCAUCUUCAAAUCUGGAGUCUUCUCAGGACACGCUCAGUCCAUCAGCAGUGAGCUCUAACCCAAGAUGAUAAUAAAAACACACAGGAUAUUCCUUGCAUUACACAUAUAAUCUACAAAGCUCAGCCGCAGCUGUUGAAUAUUACUCCCUGGUUCUGCUCAGAGAAGAGCCAUGAGUUAUGAAUGAGAUUUACAGAAGUUGCUUUGAGCAUGCUUAGCAGCAGAUAGGUAGCUAUAAGCAGGAGGAUUUGCUCUCAAAUCCCCUGAAAGCCUUGUUGAAGUCAAUGACACUAAUGUAUUUUCUGAUCAAGGUGAAUCCAGUACAGUUUGACCUAAGGAAUUUCUUUCUUCCUCGGCUGUGCUGUUAAGUACCAACGUCAGUUAUUGACCAGGUGUGCAAAAAUCAAAGGGGAAAUUUUCCUUGCCCAGCGGGCACGUUAAACAUUAGGAUUCACGCCCAGAGUUUGUCCCUCUUGAGUGACAAUUUGAAAUGAAAUAAGACUUUUAGACGAGUUCAAGCUUGUGAUUUUUUUUUUCCCUUUUAGUAUUGGACAGAAGUGCUAAAUUCUAUAUUUUUACUCAUUUGUUGAAAUAUUUUAGUCUGGUGUCUAUUUUGAAAAUAUGACCUGAAUGAAAUUCACUGGAAUUUUGAGAAAAAGUCGUCAUGUUGUCCAUCACCAGCAGGUGGCGCUCCAGAUCAUUGACGUGCACCAGCAGUUUGAGAAGGGACCACAUUGCAGCCUUUAACUCAAGCAGUGGCUUAAGGAACAGGCCAGGACUGCUCAGCUCUUUUUUUCUCCACCAUUUACAAGUCUAAACACUAACUUCCAUUAUUUUGUAAUAAACACUCUGGAUUAAGCAAGAUAAGACAGAGACCCGUUUAUACUGAUGGUAUUUUCCUGCUCUACACACACAGUGGUUACGAAAAUGAAUGCUGUACAGCUUGAAACAACGUUAUGUCUGAUUGGAUGAAUGUACAUUUUUGUAAGCAAAGCAUUAUCCUAAAUAUAAAAAGAAUGCCACAUUAUAGAUAUCAAAUCACCCCAGCUUCAGAAUGUCAAUAAACAGAUUGCUUAGAGGCAGUACAGUAUAUAAGUGAUAUAGGAAUGAUCAAAUUCCAUUUUGAAGAACGCAUUUGGACCUACAUUAUUUACUAGUAUCAGAUGAUUGUGCAGUGGGUCACAGCAGUACUCAAGCAAGGCUAUUACUAGCUGUUGUUUGGCUUCUUCAAGCAGUUUCAGAAAAAUUCAUGGGACCUAUGAUUUAAGGGGAUACCACACAUCAGAAACAUUCUGCACACAAAUCAGUAGUUAUGAAAAUUGAAUGUAGAGGUGACAGGACAAUGUCAUUGUUCUGAUGGAUUAUAUUUUGGGUGUAGCUUGCCUCUAUUUCGAUAGCAUUAUAGAGAAUAGAGAAUUUGUCAAAUUCUUAAACAUAAUCUAAAAUUUGAAGCCAUUUUUCUGUAACUUAUUUUAAGACAUACAGAUAAUCAGCCUCAAAAGUUAGCACGAGGUGAAGAAUCUACCAAAUUCUAGACACUGAAAUGCUACAUAAAUAGAAAUAAAAGUACAUUGAAAUAGAAUUUCUCCCCCUUGGUGCUUUAUCCAUUGAAAGUGCAUUGAAAAACAAAUAUUUGGAAAUUAUAAUAGAUUAGAAAGACAGGAAUCAAUUUUUCUUAAAUGAUAUUGUCAAUAUGAGAUAAUAUGGGUUCAUGUUGUCUACUCUGAAUGAGGUUUGGUAAUCGCAGUUCCUUGUGCCCAGAAUGUCAUAGGACAAGAAUUACUGUCGUUUAGCAUAGAUUUACUAUGAUACCUGGAGAAUAGUCACCAUGGGAUAGGUUUAGCAUAAGUUAGGAAGGGGGGAAAUUGAACAUGUCAAAACAAAACAAUGAAAAAAUAUAAAAGCUAAUAUGAACUAUGUAAAUGUUACGUGUCAAGGUGCAUAUUUGAACCAGAAUUGAGAAGACAUUCUAAUCUGGAAGUUGUUACUGCGAGCACCAGAUUGCAAAAUGAAUAUUGGUAUCCCUCAACUUGAUAAGUAGAAGUAUUUAUCAAAAUAAACAAAAAAAAACAAGUUUAUGAGGUCAGUAACAAUUUACUAAAUAAUUUGUUUAAUGAUAAACCAUAGAAUGCUUGAGUGUUUACAGCACAGAAGGAAGCAAUUCAGUCUGUGAUAGCUGUGCUGGUGCUAGAAUAUUUAUCAAUUUCCUUUUAAAUGCUGUAAUGGACUCAGCUUUUGGAGAAAGGCAUUCUAUAUUGGGAUAUUUUAUGCAAGAUCAGUAAAAAUGACAAUCUUUUCAUUACAUCUUUAUAAUAGAUCUGUUUGUUUCUCAAAUUGUCAUUUUAACAAUAAGAUCAUUCAAUGUGUGCAAAGGAAAAGUAAUAAUUUUGGCCUGAAAGAUACAGGAAAUUUCAAUGGAUAUUGACCAAUUACUAAAAAUGUGAUGACCCAACUCCCCCUAUCUGAAGCUGAAGCUGAAAAGAACACCCACAGUUCUUUUUUAAUGUCUUAUGGGUAAAAACCUUACUUCCAGAAUACCUAUCCUACUGUCUUCCCAUUUCAGCAUCAAAGUGUUUCAUAAAUGAAUCCUGAAUUGUGGCCUCAAAGACUCUUCCUAGAUCAACCCAUUCCACUCAUAUUUCUGUUGGGGUAAAAAAUACUUCCCGGUUUCUGGCCUGAAAUUGUCCUGUGCAACUCUGAACCUGUGCCGUCUUGUUUUGCUGCCUUGGUAUUUCUGAAAGUAUUGUUUUGGGUUUAGUUUUUCCAUCUAACUGAAAAUCUUAUAAUCUUAUCUCUCUAAGGUCCUUUCUGAGAUAUCUCUUUUCUCAGCCUUUCCAUUCAUUAUUUGUAGUUCAUUCUUCUUACGACGAGAGGUUAUCCUUGUUGCGCUCCUUUGCACUGCCUCUAGGGCCUGGCUGGUGACUAGAACUGUUUGCGAUGCAAGCAGCCUCACUGGAACAUCGUACAAUUAGAGCACGACAUCUGGGAAUCUGAACUCGACUAAUUUAUAAUUAUAGCCAAGCAUCCUAUUUGUUUUUAUUGCUGCCUCACACUGUUUUGACAUAGGGAGCAUUGAUCCAACUAACACUUCCAGAUCUCUCUCAGCUUCCCCAAUGGCAAGUUUGAUUUUUGAUUCCGACCGUGAAGUACAUGCACUUCCUAUUUUUGUGUAUGCUAUACCUUGCAUAUAUCUGUAUUGAACUUCAUUUGUCGAUCAUUACUCAUGUACAUACCCUACUAAGUUUAUUUUGGAAUGGUUAUGUAUGGUCACAAUUGCAAUGUGAUUUAGAUGUUACUAAGAACCUUCCUGACCAAAAAAAUUAUUUUGCAAUGGAAUUAGUAGAGAUGAAAAGCAAAAUUGUGGGCUCUGGAAAUGCCCAACAGGUCAAGCAGGUCCAGAAGAGAAAAAUAGCAUUUUAUAGAGGGAAUGAAGAUAUUCAGCAAUCAAUGUACACUCAGUCCUGAUGAUACACAGACCAUACUACAAGAAGACAAUGCAAUAUACAACAACAAAUUUACAUUUGUAUAGCAUCUUUCGUGUCGAGAGGGAAGGAGGUAAUAUAAUAUUAUAUGAGAUUGGAGGAGGUUAUAUAAAUCACUUGGAAAUUCCAAUGGUGUGGGAAGAAAUGAAGGAACACCCGGUCUUGUUCCUGUAGAAAGUACCUUAGGAGGAACAGCCAAAGAUGGGAAUGAUGGAGGUGUGAGCUGGACUGCUAUAGAGGAUCUAGUCAUUCCAGAAAGCAGAGGAAGAAGAAUAUUAAGCUGAUCCCGGGAUAAUUGUAGGUGGCAAAUACAAUGGAAGAUGAUUUGGUAGAGGCUAAAUAGAUGUUUACGAUGGGAUAGAAAAUGAUAAGAAGGGCUCAGUUCCUGUUAUGAGAGGAUGCAAUGUGGAAAUGUGGCACUAAAAAUGAAGCAGUCACGAUCAAACACUAUCUCGAUUAUAAGGGAAGCCAUCGAUGGAGGAAAGAAAAUGAGCCCAUUUCAGAGACUAUACAUCAUAGCAUAUAUAAUGGAGAAACCAAGAGAAAAAGAUGGAACGCGGUUAUAAUUUACAGGACGAAUCAUAAAAUAUUUACUGAGCAGAAUGCCUGUUGGUUUGUCUUGUUUGUACUGAUGUCUCUCUCUCCCCCCCCACCACCCACUGUAGAUAUCCACUAAACCUAUUCCCCUGUGAUUUCUCCAUUUAAUAUUAUCUUUCUUGAAGUAAUGAUCCAAUUCUCUUUUAAAUUGUGUUGUGGACUACUUCAGCUAUUUCUAAUAACCCCCUAUUUUAAAAAACAAUCUACCCCUCCCUUUUUCUUCUGCUGAUAAUUCUUAAGGUUUGUGCUCUUGUUACCAACUAAAGCAAUGGGAAGAAUCCUAACUUAAAUUAGAUGGGAUUGUGUAGGGGUAUAACAGAUGUGUUGGAAAUCUGACUAAGUGAGACAAAAGAGAUGUGAAGAAAGAGUCGGGCACUGUCCACAGGAAGGCGAGGAAUAGAUGGAAUUGAGAAAAAUACUCAAAAUUCUCAGAAUCAAAGCGAAGGAAACAUCAUGGACUUCGCAGUCUGUUUAUGACGCAUUAACUGUCUCUUUGUAUAUGUAGUCAAUGGUUUUACAUCCAUAAUCUUUUUUGGUCUCAUCCCUAAUACACUAUUGAGGCUUCUGAUGCCCCACUGUUCUAGAUUUGAUGAAGGGUGUUAACUCUUUUUUCUCUUCCAAGACUUCCAGCAUCUUUUUUUCCCCAGUGUCAUGGGUGUUGCAUAUCUACUUCCAAUUCUAGGCUUCUCCCAGCUGCCUUUUUUUAAGAUUUAGAAAUCCUAUUCAGAUAUACCGUAAGUUAGAACCCAAUCUUUUCAAAUCUGCUCACAGCUAAAACACUGUUGUGGAGAUUUACCAAACAGCCUGAGAUUUAAUUUAACUCAUUGCUAUGUGAUUGUAAUAUUAUUCCCUUAACUCCUAAAAGCCACAUGGCAGGUGAACAAUCACUUUCUCUCAGGAUUAUAAAUGAGCUUCAUGCCCUGCAGGGAAUUUACUGAAGUAGCUUAAAAAAUCCCACUAAGAUAAGGUAGGAAUAUAAAAGCAGCCCUAUCUUGAACUAUUAGAUAUAUUUGCAUCUUGUUUUGCAUUUUCAAACAGAACAAUCUAAAUAGCUUUGAAGACAAUUUUCAAGGUAAGUACAGUACGUUUAUAGAAUAUUUCAGAAACCAUAAGAUAACAGGAAUUUCAGAUGAAGAACUAAUGCAAUAUCAUCCUUUCAGAAUAUCCACCUUUAAAGCUUCAAGCUGAUUCUUAAAACAAUUUCAUUGUCCAGAAUCAAACAUUCUACCUGGUAAUUUAGCAGUUAAUUACUCUCUACUUAAAGAAACACAUCCUGAUAUCUAUCCUGAAAUUGCCAUUCACAAUCCUACUAUGUUCCCAAUCAACACUUUAUGAAGCCUGACCUUGAUUACAGCUUCCAGUUAGUGGAAAUCCAAUCUACCGGAGACUGGCACUGUAGCUCAUCUUCAGUCACCUGCAGCAGUGACCAGGAGGAUUUUGAUGUCUGGAUAGUAAUUUUUGAAGGGAGGGGUCAUUGAGAAAAACAACUUUUUGUUUGGGAAGUAAGAAAAGCUGGAUGUAAUUUUCUUUAAAUUUUUACAAGUAAUGAUGCAUUGUAAUGCAACUUAUGUUAUUGCUUUAAAAGCAAACAAACAGUUCUUCUUAAAAUGACGCCACUUAAUGCAAGAUUGUUGAAAAAUUCCACCAGCCAUUUGUCAUAGAAUAAUAGAAAUUUACAACAACUUACAUUUGUAUCGCGCAUUUCACAUCGGGAGGACUUCCCAAGGCGCUGGACAGUCAGGAAUUUGGUCCCAGGCAGGGUAGGGUUAAGAGGGUGUUGAGACUCGCCUUAAAGGAGGCAAGGAUUUGAUUGAGUUUAAACGCAAAGAUUAAGUGGCCCACUCUAUUGUACUCAUUCAUUGCUUCCUUAUCAAUCACCAAUGUAUGUUCUGGUAAUUAUCACCUGAGAUACUAAACUAUCUUAUUAAGUUUGUUAUCAAAAGAUGCAAUUGGUUCAUGAGAUUUGGGGAAAUCCCAACGCAUAUCAGCAAUCAAAUGUAGCUUCACCAAAAUAUGAAGCCAACUGCAAGCAGCACUUAUUCCUUGGCGGAAGAACUAUGCUACAAUCAUAGGCUUACCUUGUGGAUGCUUUGCCUGGAGACUGCAGGAGCUUCACCAGAGUUAUAUGGGUUUUUGCAUUUUCCUCUCAAAAGUGAGAUAUUUUCAGAAAGAGCAGACAACUAAACAAGAUCACAAAAGUUUCAGAUGAAGAAGGCCCUUCAACCUUUGAGCUCAUCCUACCUUUUUUCUAGCAUCAGAUUUUUUUUGUUAAUUCCUAAUGACUUCAAGCAUUCUUCCUGGUAACUAACUUCUAACUGUUGAUUGCUCUUUACAAUUCUGAACUUGUGCUUUCUUGUCCUGCUGUUUUUGUUCAUUGUCUCUGCCUUUAGCAUUGUAUAUUCUUCUAAAAAUCUGAGAUAUCUCAAAGCCAAAGAGCCCUGGCUGAUUUGACUGUUUAUUGCUUAUCCCAUGAAAGCUUGAGAUCAAUCUUAUUGCUGUCUGUAUUGUCCUCAGGGCUUCCUGUGUUGCAGUGACUAGAACUGCAUACAGUACUCCAAGUGCAGUCCAGCCAGAACCCUGCAUAGCUUCAGGAUGACUCCUGGGUUCCCUCAGUCAACUGAUUUUGGAAUGUAGUCCAGCAAACUGUUUCCCCUAUUUAUGCUUUCACAACAUUUCUGUGACUUCCUAGCAGCCUAUGAUGUUUUGGUAACUGAUGCAACAUGUAUAGGCAAAUUCAUGUUUUUAGCUACAGGCUGACAAACUGUGAUGAUGCCAGGAUCAGUGGCGGAGUUGGUUUGUUUGCCUUAGUGCUCCUAAGCAGAGUGCACUGAUAUGGGUUCAUCCCUACAAGUACCCACCAGGAAGUUGGAAAUCAUACCUAAUUCGGUGAGAAAGACCUAAAUAGGUGUGGGGAGUCUUGGCCAAAAAGAUGUUGAUGUUCAGUGAUAUUAACUGUUUACAAUCUGUUGUUCACCGAUUCUUUCAGCAAAUGAACAGCACAUCAUUUGAAUCUAAAAGGAAGGAUAUUUGUUAAAUGCAGCACACAUGAAAAUAUUUGUUUUGUGUAGCAGUAAAACUGGAGCAGAAAACACAAUGUAGACAUUUUUCAGGAAUAAGAUCCAUUUAUUUGACUUUGAUCUUCACUUUUAAAAGAGAGCGUCUGUUUUGCUGUUCAAUUUGCAUUGUUGCUCAUUCUCACCCCAACUCCAAUGAUUGAGGUUUGAUUUCACCUUAACUGGAACUAACUCAGUAACCCUCUCACAGCUAAUUUGUUUCAGUUGUUACACUGCAGAUUUAUUUCCAAACAAACACUAAUUCAAGAAAAUACAAUAAAAGCUCACCUGGAAUGCAUAAGAUAUUGUAUACAAUGCUGAUCACAAAUUGCAUAUUGACAUAUAUCUCAAGCAGUACAGUAAUCUAUUUGGGUUUUCUUAAGAGCACAAAUUGCCAGUACUUUCUGAAUAUAAAAGCAGUGUAAAUAUACAGUACUUACUAACUGAAGGUGCUUAUGUCUUGCUACUUUUUUUUAAAUGGUGGAACAAACAAGCUGUAGAUCCUCGAUGCUACUUAGCCACUGUAGCUCAGGAACUCAGUCAUGGUUUAUAUACAAAUUACAUCAUUCUGAGGCAAACUGUUUAUUGAUUCAUUUGCAUUUAACACAAACCUUGUUAAGACAGGUAGCCGAACAAAUGUGUAAAAAUACAAAAAAUCAGGUAAUUUAAAGGCUGCACUGAUUGGAUCUGUGUCCUGUGGACACUUAAGAAGUUUGUUUCUGAUGUAGAUUGGCAUUUGUGUGGUCAGCUUUAGUUCUAGUAUUUGAAAAGUUGUGACUUUAUAUUUAUUUCCAUUGGUUGAGUUGGAUUUUGUGCAACAUGAGUGUAUUACUAGACUGUAUUGUCAUUACAGUAUAGCCAUGCUCCAGCACAAUUAAAGAUGGAAGUGUGAAAA